UACGCCUCUCUCUCUCUCUCUCCUCUCAUCUCCAAUCAAUCUAUAUAUCUCCCUCCCGUACAAAUUACUAGUACAUGUUCCAGAUUCCUUUUCUCUCUUCACCGCUGACCCACUCUCUGUUUCCCUCCGAUUGGGCCAGCCUUUAAUUAUUGCUCAAUCAGUAGCUAUGUUUUUUAAGGAUGUUUUGCUGAUUCUGUUUGUGUGUUGGAUUAGUUUUGGGGGCUCUGAUGCCUACGGCCUCUUCGGCUUCGAUGUCCACCACCGAUACUCCGACACCGUCAAGGAUUUCCUCGACGUCAGGGGCCUGCCGGAGAAGGACAGCCUCGACUACUUCGCCGCCAUGGCCCACCGCGAUCAUCUCUUCAAAGCCCGCCGCCUCGCCACCUCCCCCGCCUCCUCCCCCUUCCUCACCUUCUUCGGCGGCAACGAAACUUACCGCCUCUCCUCUCUCGGAUUUUUGCACUAUUCACUUGUUUCUGUGGGUACCCCAGCCGUGUCAUUUCUCGUGGCACUCGACACGGGGAGUGACCUAUUUUGGUUACCAUGCGACUGCACGGAUUGUGUACGUAGCUUGAACUCGACUUCAGGGAAGAGUGUGGAGCUCAACAUAUACAGCCCAAAUGUAUCAUCAACUAGCUCACCCAUUCCCUGCAAUAGCACUAUGUGUGGACGGAGACGAGGAUGUGCUUUGAGGCGCAAUGCUUGUGCUUACCAAGAAGUGUAUCUUUCCAGUAAUACUUCAAGUACAGGGAUCUUAGUAGACGAUAUUUUGCACUUGGGAACGGAUGAAAAUCCUCAAAAACCCGUUAGCGCCCCAAUUACAUUAGGAUGUGGAAUAAUCCAAACCGGUGAUUUUCUUGAUGGUGCUGCUAUCAAUGGUCUAUUCGGACUAGGUUUGGACAAUAUAUCGGUCCCUAGCAUCUUAGCCAACAUGGGGCUCGCAGCAAAUUCUUUCUCGAUGUGCUUUGGAGGGCGUGAUGGAGUUGGAAGAAUUUCUUUUGGCGACAAAGGAACCCCCGAUCAAAAAACAACUCCUAUCAAUGUUGAUGAAUCAUCACAUCCUAGCUAUAAUGUGACCGUGACAAAUCUUGUUGUGGGAGGAAAUUCCACCAAGAUCGACUUCUCAGCAAUCUUCGACUCUGGCACCUCCUUUACAUACUUGAACGAUCCAGCUUAUUCUGUUAUUGCAGAGGGUUUUGAUUCUCAAGUAACUGAGCCACGUUACCAACCGGAGAGGAAGCUUAUCUUUGACCACUGCUAUUCACUCAGUGCUACUCAAGAUAGCUACUAUGCUCCGGACUUGAACAUGACGUUUAAGGGCGGAGCCUUAUUUUAUGUCAAUAUGCCAACUGUUGUGAUUCCACGACAAGGUGGAUAUGCAUUUUGUUUGGCUAUUGUCAAAAGUGAGGAUAUUAACAUCAUUGGACAAAAUUUCAUGACCGGCUACAACAUAGUCUUUGAUCGCGAGGAGAUGGUCUUGGGGUGGUCGGAAUCGAACUGCUAUGAUACUGGUAGUAAAUCAAACACCCUACCUGUAGGCAAAGGCAACAAAACAAGUGAUGCUCCUGCACCUUCCAUUCUAAACCCGGAGGCCACGCCUGGCAGCAAAAAUCGUUCUUCUACAUCAUCUACACAGCCACCCCUGCCAGCAGGGCUGCCUAUAGGAAAUGGAGCUGCUCGACUCAGUUCCAUCGCUAACGGACUUAUGAUGGUCAUCGCUUCGCUGUUUUUCUACCAAUUCUGCAUUCUUUCUACAUGAGACAUGCCAACCAACUACAAGGUUUUUCAGUCCCUUUCUGAGUAUUCUGUUGACAAAUAUAUACCACAGGUUAAUUAGUUUGACAUAUUUUGUCAAUUAUUUGUUCUUUUUUAAUUUAUGUACAUAGAAAAGGGAUUGGACUUCAAUAAUUACACAUGUAUAAUGGGUUGGAUUCUGGGAUGCUCUUAGAGCAUUUUGUUUUUUCCUUUCACUAUUGUAUCUAUUCAAAUAUUCUUGUACUAUAAUAAUAUGAUUUUGUUUUGUUA